AUGUGUUCUCAGAUCGAUCUCGUGACGCCCGAAGAAAAGGAGCGAGUGAAGAAGAGCAUCCGCGCCAUCAACAGGUACUGCGACAUGAUUGAUUGCCAGAACUCGCGCGUGCCUCUGAAUGAGAUAUUGGGCCUGAAGGCGUUCGACCUGGGCCGCGUCAUGGAGAUGGACCCCGAGUUUAUGGACGUCGAUGCUGAGCACAUGCAUGACGUCAGCGUGUCCAGCGUGGGCAUCUUGUUGGAGGGCAACGUCGACAUGAAGAAACUCAACAAAUGGUUGAGCACGCUUCUGAGAGAGAAGGGUACGGUUAUCUUCCGGUCCAAGGGGCUUCUAUCCGUUGCGGGGACGGACGAGAAGUUCGUGUUCCAGGGCGUCCACAUGCUGAUGGGCAUGACGUCAUCCGCGAACGGCGUCGGGAAGGCGUGGCAGCCGGGCGAGACACGUGUCAACCGGCUGUGCUUCAUCGGGCGCAACCUGGACAGAGAGGAGCUGAACAAGAGCUUCUAG